AUGGGGUACCCGGGCGGACGACGUGAGGCCGCGACCGUGGUGGCACUGUGUGUCGCAUGGUACGCGCUCAGCUCGGCCAGCAACGUGGUGGGCAAGCUGGCGAUGACCGAGUUCCCGUUCCCGCUAACGGUGACGAUGGUGCAGCUGCUGUCGGUUGUGGCGUACAGCGCACCCGCUUUCGCGCUGUGUGGCGUGCGGCCCGAGCCGCCCUUCCCGCGUCGCUACUACUGGCGGACGCUUGUGCCCCUUGCCUUUGCAAAGUUUUUUACCACCAUGUUCUCACAGGUCUCGAUAUGGAAAGUGCCCAUUUCCUAUGCACACACAGGAUUCUAUCCCAACACUUGCAGAUAA